GCGAACAGAAAGGUCAAGUUUGCAUUCUUCCGGUGUGGAGCUUGCUGGCUUGGUCAUUGUGAACUGAAAUGACUCUUUGUUUUUUAAAAGUAGAUUUAUAACUUGUACUUCUACAGAAUUAUAUCCGGAUAGUACUACGCACUGUACACACAAGCCAUGGUGCGUUACAGUAAGUUGCAGAAACAAGUGCUCACACUGUACCGUCAGUUACUGCGGGCUGGACAGAACAAGCCUGGCUUCCUGCCCCGCAUCCGGACAGAGUUCCGGAAAAAUGCGGCCAUCCCAAAGAACAAUGUUAUGCACAUCGAGUACCUGUAUCGACGCGGCCAGCGGCAACUUGAGCUGAUGAAAGAUGCUAACACCAAGCAGCUCGGUGCUUUUUCCAGGACCUGCGAAGAUGACCGGCUGUUACCGGAUCCUUAGGUCAACUUUAUCACGAUAAAUGUGUCUGUUAUGGGACUUGAGAAGCUAUAGACAGACAGAAAGCACCACAACAAAGACAACUGCUUGGAUUUAGUAUGUGCCCAGAUAAGAAACCUAUGACUAAUGAAAAUGUUACCUAUUUCAUAGGUACAGUAAUGGCUGGAAGUUCAAGACUCAAAUCAGAUCUGUAUAAAAUUUACUAGUAUUUUAAAUACUUAAAAGUUACGGAAAUUUAAUAAAUUGUUUAUAUAUCAA